GUAUUGAGGUGACGAAUGAAGGAAACAAGGAAUAAAGAAGGAGUCUAGCGCAAGCGUUCAAUCAGUACAGACGUUCCUCUCUCUACCAGUUGAGAAAUUCAAUAACUAAAACAUUAUGGUCCUUCGUAGAACCGGAUAGAAUUGGCUAUCGAGAUAACGACAAUUCGUUGCACACGGGUGCAUUAGUGGCAGUGUAUUGUGCGUUUGCUGUUUCGAUACUCGUAGAGAGAUUGAGGAAGUGUGCAUAACGGCAGUGUAUUGUUCGCGCGAGUGUCACAGUGUGAGUUGGACACUAGGACAUUCAGUGUGCGUGUAAAAUAGCUGUGCGCGUUCGGACAGGCUCAUACUUGGGCAUACGCAUGCGUUAGAUCGUGCACUUCACAAGUGGCUUAAUUGUGAAGUCCAGAUACGCACCAUUUGGUGCAUCGAGCGUUCAAAGUGUAGAACGUUUUCGGUGAGAAGUGUUGUGUAGCUUCAGUGCGGGAGUGCAAGUGUCCCCACAAACCGAGUACCUGACUUCCAAUUCGUGGAACGUCGUUGGUGGUAUCGUUUGUUCCAGUGUAGGUGCGCAAGUUACCUACACACGCACAUCGAGCGUUUUCAAUCUGUGGAAACGUGGUCGGUGCGAUACAUUAUUGUGUGUCGUCGAACCGCUGCCGUUCGAAUUCACAAGAAAUUACCAGUGCAGGUUUGCAAGUUCCUGUACAAAGCAUAUCGAACGUUUUCAAUACGUGGAAACGUGGUCGGUGCCAGUUAUUGUUUCUGACGGUCAAGCCUCAGUCUUUUGGACGCUUGUUGAACAAUACAUUGUUCAAGUGUUAGUGAACAUUGAAUUCAAAAUUGUAUGUUUCAAGUGUAGGUGAGCAAGUUCCCUAUACACGUACAUCGAACGUUUUCAAUCUGUGGAAACGCGGUCGGUACGGUAUCUUUUUGCUUGUGAUCGAUCAUCAGUCGUUCGAAUACGCAAGAAGUGUUUUCAGUGCAAGGAGGCAAGUUCCCUGCUUAAGGCAUAUCGAACGUUUUAAUUCGUGGAAAACGUGGUCGGUUCUAACAAACGUAUUGUGAACAAUACGGUUCGCGCGCGUUAUUCAAACGGAGUGAGCGUGUGCGCGAGUGAACAAUUCUCUCUUUUCGGGUUAAGAUAAAGGUUCGCGCGCGUUAUUCAAACGGAGUGAGCGUGUGCGCGAGUGAACAAUUCUCUAUUCUCGGGUAAAGCAAAGUUCCGCGUGUGUUAAUCCGGGUGUGUGCGUGAGUGUGCGAACAAUAAAACCGCGUGGUUUGAACUAAUUCUACGGGUAGAGUACGGGACAAAUUGAACUAUUUUACGAACAUUCAGUGUUGUGAAAAGUGUUUUUUGUUACAAGUGAAAAUGCCUGGUUCACCAGUUCCAACGACGUCGGCGGCGUUUAAGGAACAAGACGCAUCGCAUCGUGUAUCACAUGUGCAAGCUGCAUCAGACAGCGAUCAUGUCCAAGCCAAUCCAAUACUGAGGGCAGCCGUGGCAAGAGAAGCUUCGGAGAGUGAGUUUGCAGGUUUUGAAUCAGUAAAUUCAAGUCCUACUUUUCCAACAGCAGCAAUGCUGGCGGAGAAAAGAAAGCGAAUGCGUCAGCAUUUCGACCAAAGGCUGGACCGCAUUGAUCAAGCACUACAGCAUGCAACAAGAGCGGAUGCCGCUUUUCUGAAAGGAUGUGCGUCACGCUUGUCGAUGCUAUCCACGGAAUAUGAAACAUGGCACACCAACAAUUUGGUUUCUUCUUCCAAUGCACAGUUCGAACAAGAAGAAGAAGAGUACGCCUCUUUCGAGAACCGCCAUUUUGAGCUUUCAUUGGCAAUUGAAAGAAACUUGUCAUCAAGUGUAGUUUCCACACCAACACGCGAUACCAUGCCACACACAAAACUUCCCGAAAUGCGCUUGCCAACUUUUGAUGGAAAGAUGGAAGAUUGGUUACCGUUUCGAGAUGCCUUUCUCAGUCUUAUUGAUCGCAAUAAGAAUUUAGCCGACGUAGACAAGCUACGAUACUUAAAAGGCUCUCUUCAAAAGGAUGCUCUUAACGUAGUAGGAGACAUCGAAAUCACCGACGCAAAUUAUUCUGUUGCCUGGGAAGUAUUGAAAUCGCGAUUCGAAAACAAAAAGCUAGUGGUGAAACGAUAUCUUGAUGGAUUAUUUGCGAUACCACACAUGAAAAAGGAAUCAUACGAAUCACUGAUUUCUUUAAUUGACAGUUUUGAGCGUGGUGUUAAAAUGACGACUAGAAUGGGAGUGGCCACGGAAGGAUGGAGCGUGCUCUUAGCUCACAUGGUCUGCUCUAAAUUAGACCUGGCCACACUUAAACAAUGGGAAAUACAUCAUAGCUCAACCAAUGUUCCCACGUAUGACGAGAUCAUGAAAUUCCUUCGCAGCCAAGCAACUGUUUUGCAAGCCAUGGCUCCAGACAGGAAUCGAACAAGUGAAGCAACAACAGCUGGAGGCAGAAUGAAAACCCGCAACGAAGUGUACAGCGUGGUUAAGCCGGCCACAAAGGUUUGUUCAUUCUGCAAAAGGGCUUCACAUGCUGCGUACCUGUGCGAAGUGUUUCGAAAUGCAUCUGUGGAAAAGCGACACGAGCUAGUGAGGAACGGACAGUUGUGUUUUAACUGUUUGUCGGCGGGUCAUCAGCGAAAGGAUUGUUCGUCCGGAUCUUGCCGUGUAUGUCAGCGAAAUCAUCAUACGAUGCUUCACAAACCGAAUUCUCCAAUUGAUCAGUCGUCAUUAGCAUCAGCGUCAUCACUGCCGUCUACAUCAAAUGCAGAAGCAGCUACACCGGCUUCUAUUGUUCAACAUUGUGCGCGCAACAAUUUCGAAAAAAUAAUCCUGUUACCAACAGCAAUGGUACAAGUAGUGAAUGUUGACGGAACACGUAUCUGGGCUCGAGCUUUACUGGAUGGAGGUUCACAGAUCAACAUUGUUACGGAACGAUUGGUACAGAAGAGGAACGAGCAUCAUCUGCUGGGUGGAAUAGGGAAGGCACAGCAUUCGUCUCAUCAUUCUGUGAGCCUUGCUAUCCACUCUCACUGCUCUACCUUCAAGGCAAGCUGGAAGUUCCAUGUGCUGCGAGAAGUGACGUGGGACCAGCCAGCACAUGCAGUCAAUCCGGAAAGAUUGAACCUACCGAAGGGAGUGACGUUGGCGGAUCCUCAUUUCUAUGAGCCAGGGCCAAUUGAUCUACUUAUUGGGCGAGAAGGUUACAACGAUCUACUUUUGGGUAACAUUCUUCGGUUGAAUAGCCCAAAACUACUACUGCAAAACACGGAGCUGGGUUGGAUUGUCUCAGGUCAGGUAAGCCAAGGUCUAACACACUCUUCCUUAGUGCUCAACGUCAUGACGCUGAAUGACCAACUAAGCCGGUUUUGGGAACUGGAAGGCUGCUACUCCCCUGCGAUGUUAUCCGUCGAGGAAGCUGAGUGUGAGGCAGCAUUUGUACAAACAACUUCACGAGACCACGAAGGCCGUUUCGUGGUAGCCUUACCAACGCGUACUGAAAGGCUUAAUCAACUAGGAGUAUCUCGAUCUAGGACACAUGGAAGAAAUUCCAUCUGACCGCCAUGACAUUGGAAAGACAUAUUACAUGCCGCAUCAUUGUGUAGUAGGACCCGACAGCCUCACGACUAAGCUAAGAGUCGUAUUUGAUGCAUCCAGUUCUACUGAUACAGGGGUAUCCCUCAACGAUGCACUGAUGGUGGGACCUUCAGUGCAAGAUGAUCUUUUGUCGUUGUUACUCCGAUUUAGAGUACCCAGAUUUGCGAUUUUGGCUGACAUUGAAAAAAUGUAUCGCCAAAUUUGGGUGAAGGAGUCCGAUCGUCCACUUCAACGCAUCCUGUGGAAAGAAUCUGCUGAUGAUAGAAUUCGCAUCUAUCAGCUGAAAACCGUUACGUACGGCACAGCCUGCGCACCUUACUUGGCCACCCGUUGUCUGCAAGCGUUGGCUAAGGAAGGAGAAACAAGAUAUCCCAGGGCAUCCAAGGUCCUCGAGCAAGAUUUUUACAUGGAUGACAUGAUCACCGGUGUGGAAUCUGUUGAAGAUGGCCGGAUUAUUUGCAGCGAAAUAAAUCAGCUUCUACAAUCGGCAGGAUUUCACCUGCGCAAAUGGGCUUCAAACUCGUCUGAGUUACUGGAGCAAAUACCAGCUGAACUACAAAUCGAGGGAGAUGUUUUGAACAUCGAUCGCAGCACAUCCAUCAAGGCUUUGGGUUUAAGAUGGAUGCCAUCAUCGGACCAGCUAGGGUUUAGUGUGCCUGGUUGGAAGGAAUCAGAAAUCAUCACCAAACGCAUUGCGUUAUCAGACUCAGCUAAGUUGUUCGAUCCUCUUGGACUGUUAGGACCAGUCAUUGUAGUAGCAAAGUGUUUCAUGCAGGAGCUCUGGAAGAACGAAAAUACCUGGGAUGAACCUUUGGAGUCUGAACGGCAACAAUUCUGGUUGCGCUUCAGAGAACAACUCGCUGAUCUGACUAGCUUGACAAUUCCACGACGAGCAAUUGGUGGAACAGUGCGAAUUGAAGCUCACGGAUUUAGUGAUGCUUCCCUACGGGCUUAUGGCGCCUGUAUCUACAUACGAGCAGAAUCGUCCGAUGGCCAAGUCUCAGUACGGUUGUUAUGUGCUAAGUCAAAGGUGGCACCGAUACCUAAUACCAAACGGAAGAAAAACGUGUCCCUUCCACGGCUCGAGUUGUCGGGAGCGUUGUUACUAUCACACUUAUGGCAGAAGGUGAAGCAAGGGGUGAAAUUGGAGCUUAAAAUCAACUUCUGGGUUGAUUCAACGAUAGUUCUUCAUUGGCUUUCAAGCAGUCCUUCCCGUUGGAAACAGUUCGUUGCGAACCGAGUUGCGGAAAUCCAGCACCAAACCUACAAGAUGCCUUGGAGUUAUGUGGCCAGCGAGCACAAUCCAGCUGACAUUAUUUCCAGGGGAAUGAUGCCUUUGCAGCUCAUGGAUUCCCAACUUUGGUGGCAAGGGCCCUCAUGGUUGCAUCUUCCAAGUCAAGCUUGGCCUACGAACAAACCCAAUACUGAAAUUUCCUCGGAAGAUUUGGAAGAGCGAUCGAUUGUAGCCACAUCUCAACAGGUACCGCCAAAUUUUCUAUUCGAUCUUUCUUCAUCUUACGAAAAAUUGGUGCGACUUACGGCAUAUCUGCUGCGAUUCAUGUACAAUUGUCAACCGACACACCGCGGAAAUCUACGAAAGGGGUUUCUAAAAAUAGAUGAAUUAGUGUCAGCGUCUCUAACGCUCGUUCGUCUGGCCCAACAAGAAUCCUUUGCUGAGGAGCUUCGGGAUGUUCGUCAAACUGGAGCGGUCAAGCCGAACUCAAAACUGAAAACGCUAACACCUAUUCUGAAAGAGGGUAUCCUACGUGUGGGUGGUCGUUUGCGAAACGCGCCUGUUUCGUAUGAACGCAAACAUCCGAUAAUUUUAGCGUUUUCUCACCCAUUGACCCUACUGAUUGCGCGUUCUUAUCAUCGACAAUAUCUGCAUGCGGGACAACAAGAGCUCAUAUCUAGCCUGCGUGAGAGAUUCUGGCCCCUUCGCGUACGCAACCUGGCACGAAAGGUCGUAUAUGAGUGUGUAAGUUGUUUCCGAUCCAAACCAACAACGGCAGAGCAAAUCAUGGGAGAUUUGCCCAGCGAACGCGUAAACCCAGUUCUCCCAUUCUACAACACUGGUGUGGAUCUGUGUGGUCCAUUAUUCUAUAGACAAACCAACAAGAAGGCUGCUCCAAUCAAAUGCUAUGUUGCUGUUUUCGUCUGUCUUGUGAUCAAGGCAGUACAUGUGGAGCUUAUUGCCGAUUUGUCUACUCCAGCCUUCAUUUCUACAUUGAAGCGUUUCAUAGCUCGUCGCGGUAAACCAUCCGUAAUCCAGUGCGACAACGCCAAAAAUUUCCGGGGAGCUGAUCGAGCGCUCAAGGAGAUGUAUGAGCUGUUCCAGAAACAACAACAUCAGGAUGCUGUUACAACUUACUGCGGAACGGAAGGGAUCACCUUCAACUUCAUCCCUCCGCGGUCACCCCAUUUCGGUGGGAUCUGGGAGGCCGCAGUGAAAGUCGCUUAAACGGCAUCUCAAGGCGACGAUAGGAUCCAGUAUCUUGCGGCGAGACGACCUGGAAACUAUCUUAGUUCAAGUGGAGGCUUGUUUGAACUCGCGACCGUUAACUGCACUUUCCAACGAUCCAGAGGACCUGGAAAUUCUGACACCGGGUCAUUUUUUGAUUCAACGGGCGCUUACAUCGGUCCCUGAGCCAUCUUAUGCUGAGAUUCCAGGCAACCGCCUGGACCGCUAUCAACAAUUGCAGGAGUAUGUUCGGCGGAUUUGGAAGCGAUGGAAUCGAGACUACUUGUCUGGUUUGCAUCCGCGUACCCGGUGGACUUCAAGGCGAGACAACGUUCGGGAGGGCACUAUGGUCCUGCUGAAGGAGGACAACCUUCCCCCUCUCAAAUGGCGCUUCGGCCGAGUGCUGAAGAUUUAUCCUGGUGAUGACGGCUUGGUUCGAGUGGUUGAUGUGAAAACGAAGGAUGGAAUUUACAGAAGAGCCAUCACCAAGAUCUGCAUACUGCCCGGACAGAAGGAAGAAAGAGAGGUUUCGUAAUAAGGGUUGAAAGCUACCUUUCAACGGGGGGCGGCUAUGUUGAGUAAUGAAUUUGUACGGUAUAAACAUAUGACCUUCUGUCACUUGAAUUUGCUGCUUGGGAAUUGUAUUGAGGGGACGAAUGAAGGAAACAAGGAAUAAAGAAGGAGUCUAGCGCAAGCGUUCAA